AUGAGCAGUCUGGUGGGAAAGCUGGACCCUCGCAGAAUACAGUGGGGCUCGACAUGGAACACCUUUACGUCCCGCGUGCUGAGGACCAAGCCGGUGGAGUCCAUGUUGGAUUCAGCCAUGUCAGGCACCAGCUCCCACGGAACCAGACUGGCCCGGGUGCUGUCCACGGUGGACCUGGUGUCUCUGGGCGUGGGCAGCUGUGUCGGGACGGGGAUGUAUGUGGUCUCGGGGCUGGUCGCCAAGGAGAUGGCCGGUCCAGGGGUCAUUGUGUCUUUCAUUAUCGCCGCUGUGGCCUCCAUACUGUCAGGAGUGUGUUAUGCAGAGUUUGGCGUGCGCGUGCCUAAGACCACAGGUUCGGCCUACACAUACAGCUACGUGACAGUGGGCGAGUGCGUGGCGUUUUUCAUCGGCUGGAACCUGAUUCUGGAGUAUCUGAUCGGCACGGCGGCGGGGGCGUCAGCUCUCAGCAGCAUGGCCGACUCUCUGGCCAACCACAGCAUCAGCAACUUCAUGAUUUCACACAUUGGGACGCUCAAUGGAUUGGGUAAAGGGGAGCAGUCGUACCCAGACCUGCUGGCGCUGCUCAUAGCGUUGCUGGUGACGGUGAUUGUGGCUUUGGGAGUGAAGAACUCUGUGGGCUUCAACAACGUGCUGAACGUCAUCAACCUCAUUGUGUGGGUGUUCAUGAUGAUCGCCGGGCUGUUCUUUGUCAACGGAGAGAACUGGGACGAAGGCAGAUUCCUGCCCUUUGGCUGGUCUGGGGUGAUGCAAGGGGCAGCCACGUGUUUCUACGCCUUCAUUGGAUUUGACAUCAUUGCUACGACAGGAGAAGAGGCCAAGAGUCCCAACACCUCCAUCCCCUAUGCCAUCACCGCCUCGCUCAUCACCUGCCUCACUGCCUACGUCUCUGUUUCUGUGAUCCUGACUCUGAUGGUACCCUACAAUGAGAUUGAUGCCGACGCCCCGCUCAUGGAAAUGUUCGCCGUGCACGGCUGCAUGUUUGCCAAGUACAUCGUCGCGGUCGGCUCCAUAGCCGGACUGACCGUGUCCUUGCUCGGGUCCCUGUUCCCCAUGCCCAGGGUCAUCUACGCCAUGGCGGGGGACGGCUUGCUGUUUAAGUUUCUGGCGAACGUGUCUUCCUUCACAGAGACCCCUGCUGUUGCCUGCGUGGUGUCGGGCUUCCUGGCCGCCCUGCUGUCGCUCCUGGUCAGCCUCAGAGACCUCAUAGAGAUGAUGUCCAUAGGAACCCUGCUGGCCUAUACCCUGGUGAGCCUCUGCGUACUUCUCCUACGUUACCAACCCGAGGGCGACAUCCACGGCUUUGUGAACUUCCUCUCCGAGGAGCAGAACAGCAAGAAGAAGGAAGGCGUUCUGGCCGAGUGCGAGAAAGACGCCUGUUCGCCAACCAGCGAGGCCGACGAGUACGGAGGUCCGCCCACCAACACCUGCGGAGCCAAAAACCUGCCGUCGCUGGGUGACAACGAGAUGCUGAUAGGCAAACCAGACAAGAACGCCUACACCGCCAGUCACCCCAACUACGGCACAGUGGAUAUGACCACUGGCAUCGAGGCAGAGGAAUCAGAGGGCGGGGUGUCCAGGCGUUUAAAGAAGCUGAUUGGACCACGCUACUACACCUUGAGGAUCCGAUUGGGCCUUCCGGGAAAGAUGGACAGACCGACUCCAGCCACUGGGAAAACUGUCACCGUGUGUGUGCUGCUGCUCUUCAUCUUCAUUUUCGCUUUUUGCUCCUUCAUCAUAUUUGGAGCGAGCUUCAUCGGAGAGGGUCGCUGGUGGGCUUUGCUGCUAUUAAUCGUUUUCAUCAUCGUCCUCGCCCUGCUCGUCAUCAUCAUCCUCCAGCAACCGGAGAACCCUAAGCGGCUGCCCUACAUGGCGCCCUGUGUGCCCUUUGUCCCUGCUUCGGCUAUGCUGGUCAACAUUUACCUCAUGCUCAAGCUGUCCGCCAUCACCUGGAUACGAUUCUCAAUCUGGUGCUUUGUGGGUGUACUCAUCUACUUUGGCUACGGCAUGUGGAAUAGCACUCUGGAGAAAACAGCCCGAGAGAACGAGGUGCACGCCUCCACCUACCAGCGCUACGACACAGGCGUGGACGAAGGCUUCUGCGGUUUCGAUGACGAUUUCUACCCUCCCACCACUGAAAGCUGGGGUGCGUCUGAGGGGGGGGCGGGGCGCGCAAAGCCCCCUCAGGCAAAACCUGAAAGUGAAGGGAUCUCACCUAAAGGUGGUGGCAGGACCGUGGCCAAUCACGGCCUCGCCGAGGAGGAUCCCAUGGAUUUCUGAAGGGACUGACUCUGUGUUAACCCUGAAUGUACUGCCUUGUCUGCUGCCUGGGGGACGGGAAGGGGAACUGCAGUGUGUGAGUGCAUGGAUGGUUGGUUGUUUGUGUGCGUGUGUGUGUGUGUGCGCAUGCCUGCAUGUGUGUGUGUGUGUAUGUGUAUAUAUGUUUAUGUCUAACCCUUGGGCUAGAUUGUUUCUCGGCAGUGGAAUGGCUUUUCUUUCACCGCAACUCCCCCGCUCUCGGUUCCCCUGCUCACACAAGAAAAUGUGGAUGUCAAGGUUGUGAGUAUCUCAUCACAGUCACUUGUUAUUCACUUAGCAGAGUCCACAUCCCACACAAGGAGAAAGGCCAGACAGAAAAGUGCGGACACAGCGAGAGAUUAAACACAAUGUGGUGUAUGCAGCAAUCACUGUUAAUAUCUAUGAGUUCAUGGGAUACAGGAGAGAAGAAGGUGAUGAGCGAGAGACAGAUGAAUCAGGACCUCGUUUCCUGUUCACACAUAGAUGGGCAGGAAAGUUAGAGAGCAUGCCAAGCCCAAGUUAUUUCCUACAUCCAGGUUAGACUUUCUUCUGCUUGUUUUAUUUCCAACGAACAGAACAGGACAGGACAGGGCAGGACAGGACAGGACAGGACAGGACAGGACAGGACAGGACAGGACAGGACAGGACAGGACAGGACAGGACAAGACAGGACAGGGCAGGACAGUCUCACAUGCUGCCAAAUGCCACAAAACUCAAAAACAUACAUUCUGUGCAUCUGUGAAAUGUUUCCUCUGACCCCCAACAUCUAGCCCAAGGGACUCUGGAGUGCAUCGGGAAAAGGGUGUCGAUGUUUUUUUGUGACAAAAAGUACUUUUGGACUUUGCUUGCAAUAGUGCCUUCAUCUACUGUAGGUGUACGUGAGUCUCUGAUUACGUCUAUUUUCUACUUUGAUUUUGCGUCGUGUACGUGCGAGGGUGUAUGUGCAAUCGAACUCCACUUUUACAUCGAUUCUCAUGUCCGUGUGUGUCAAUAUAAAGCGUGUUCUUCAGAUUAUUUUGCUGUGGACGUGCAUGUAUGUGGUUCUUUUUCCCGUUCUUUCCGCUCUCUACCCCAGCAUGAAGCUCAAAAUCAAUCCACUCGCAACAAAGCAACUCGUGGUGCAAAAUAACACAUGCUUGUCAGCUCCUGAGUGCAGCUGCCAGGAGGAGAGGAGGAGAGGCUGUAACACACGCAGAGAGAGAACAGGUUGAAUCCUAACGUGCAUGUUUUGUUCUUACGAAUAUCAUAUUUUCUGUGCACUUGCUUUUUACCAGAGCUGUGAAGGAAUUCAUUUUGAGUUCAUUCAGUUUGGAAAAUUCAUUUUAGAUCGAAAAGAAAAACAAAAUUAGGUGCGAUCAGUACUUUUGGAGGAGAAAAGUAAAUUUUAUCUCAUCACAGAUUUAUAUUUUACUCAAAAGAGUAAUUGUAUAUUGUUUUAAAAAAGAAAUUGCAUUAUUAUUU